GUUAUUAUUGUGAAUCUCAAAAUGUGCUUUCUUCGAUGUGCCUAUACUUGCAUAUAGUUCUUGGGAGAGUUCCAGUUGCGUUGAGAUUACGACCUCAAAAUGCAGAAGAGUUGAUCGCUGAUGCUGAUUUCGCUGAUUGCGUAGAGUUGCAGCUAGAGCUCAAAAGGUUAAAACUUCGAAGAAACAACUGGGAUUCUGAUGCCUAUGAGUUUGAUAAGGUUCUUACAAAAUUUGCAUCACAAAAACGGUCAUUUUACAUGGUUGGUGGCAUUGAAGAGAUCAUUGCCAAGGCGGAGAAGAUUGCCAAGGAGUCUGCUGCUUAA